GUUGUAGACAGUUGAGUUGAUUGACGUCAGAGAUUAAGUGAGCAGAGAGGACAAAGUAAUCACAAUUCAAAACUAACCUAUAAUGGGUUUGUUGUUUAGUUAGUUAAUAUAUUAUAUUUUAAUGUUAUUAAUAUUGAAAUAAUAAUUCUUAUAAGAAACUCAUAUCUAGGCUUAGAGAUUUUAUUCUCUAGUCGUUUGUGUUAUCGUUCUCAGUUAAUACAUUUUCAUAAAAGAACAAUUGUAAUGGGGACGACUUGGCUUGAUAAACCUAUAAAGGGAUUAUUGUUAGAUAUUUCAGGGGUCUUAAAAAAUGGAGAUGAAGUGAUUAAUGGCUCCAUAAUGGCUAUUGAAAAACUGAGGCUCAGCAAAGUACCCUUUAGACUUGUAACAAAUGAAACGCAAACUACCAAGUCUAAUUUAGUCAAGGAGCUGAAUAAACUCGGGUUCGCUAUAUCUGAGGAAGAUGUAUUUGCUCCUGUCCCAGUAUUGGUUAACAUUUUGAAGAGUAAUAAAUUGAGACCGUUUUUAGUUGUUCACAAGCAGGUGAUGAAAGAGUUUAAAGACAUUGAUACGAGUGACCCUAAUUGUGUUGUUCUUGGAGACGCAGGUCCAAACUUUUCUUUUGAAAAUAUGAACAAAGCAUUUAGAUUACUCGUUGAUUUGGCAGAGCCAAAAUUUUUCUCAUUAGGAUUGGGGAAAUACUAUAAAGAAAAGGAUGGUCUGACACUGGAUGUUGGAGCUUUUACAAAAGCAUUGGAGUUUUCGUCUGGAGUAAAACCAAAAGUUAUUGGUAAACCUGAUGCUUCCUUCUUCUUAACCGCUGUUGAGGAUAUGAAUCUACAACCUAACGAGGUUGUGAUGGUAGGUGACGAUAUUGAGUCGGACGUGGGAGGCGCCCAAGCUUGUGGUCUCCGAGGCGUACUGGUGAAGACAGGAAAGUUCCGUCCAGGUGACGAAACGCAUCCUCGAAUCAAGCCAGACGCAAUCAUUACGAACCUGUACCAAACUGUGGAGAUGGUGUUGAACAGCCCGUACAAUGUAACAUCAUGAUGACACAAACCUCGGUUUAAUAAUCUAGGAUAAGUGUAAAUAAGUGUUAAAUGUCUUAUUGAAUCUAUUAAAUUUACAAUGGUUUUUAAUUAUACAAACUGUUAAUUUAGAGUAUAUAUCUUUGUCAUUGGCAUGAUAACAAAUUGUAUAUAAAAAUUGAAAUAAAUAUAAUUUAGUUACCAAAUAUUUGUCAUGGAGGAAGAAUAAAAUGUUGGUCACAAUUGUA